CGCUGCGCAUGCGCAGUGGCGCCCGCUGGGGAACGGAGGCUGCUGCGGCGCUGCAGUCUCGGCGCCGGAAGGUCCGGCCUCCGUAGCAGACGCGUCCCCGCCACCGGGGCCAUGUCGGCCCAGGGUGACAGCGAGUUCCUGGUGCAGCGAGCCCGGGAGUUGGUGCCCCAGGACCUGUGGGCAGCCAAGGCGUGGCUGAUCACGGCCCGCACCCUCUACCCGGCGGACUUUAACAUCCAGUAUGAGAUGUACACCAUCGAGCGGAAUGCGGAGCGGACCGCCACGGCGGGGAGGCUGCUGUACGACAUGUUUGUGAAUUUCCCAGACCAGCCGGUGGUAUGGAGAGAAAUCAGCAUUAUUACAUCAGCAUUAAGAAACGAUUCACAGGAUAAACAAACUCAAUUUUUAAGAAGUUUAUUUGAAACUCUUCCUGGUCGGAUCCAGUGUGAAAUGUUACUAAAAGUCACAGAACAGUGCUUCAACACGUUGGAACGAUCAGAAAUGUUACUCCUACUUUUGAGGCGCUUCCCUGAAACAGUAGUGCAACAUGGGUUUGGCCUUGGGGAGGUACUGUUAGAAGCUGAAACUCUUGAAGAACAAGAGUCUCCUGUUAACUGCUUUAGAAAAUUAUUUGUUUGUGAUGUACUUCCUCUAAUAAUUAACAACCAUGAUGUUCGCUUGCCUGCCAAUUUAUUAUAUAAAUACUUGAACAAAGCAGCUGAAUUUUAUAUCAACUAUGUCACUAGGUCGACUCAGAUAGAAAAUCAGCAUCAAGGUGCCCAAGAUGCAUCUGAUUUAAUGUCGCCCAGCAAACGUAGCUCCCAGAAGUAUGUAAUAGAAGGACUAACUGAAAAAUCAUCCCAGAUUGUGGACCCUUGGGAGAGGUUGUUUAAGAUUUUGAAUGUUGUUGGAAUGAGAUGUGAAUGGCAGAUGGAUAAAGGACGACGAAGCUAUAGUGAUAUAUUACAUAGGAUGAAGGAUCUCUGCAGAUACAUGAACAACUUCGAUAAUGAAGCUCAUGCAAAAUAUAAAAACCAAGUGGUUUAUUCCACCAUGUUGGUCUUCUUUAAGAAUGCAUUCCAGUAUGUCAACAGCAUACAGCCAUCUCUCUUCCAAGGACCUAAUGCUGCAAACCAAGUUCCACUGGUCCUUCUUGAAGAUGUAUCGAAUGUGUACGGUGAUGUAGAAAUUGAUCGUAAUAAGCACAUACAUAAAAAGAGGAAACUGGCUGAGGGAAGAGAGAAAACCAUGCAGAGUUCAGAUGAUGAAGACUGUUCAGCAAAAGGAAGAAACCGUCACAUUGUAGUCAAUAAAGCAGAGCUCACUAACUCCGUUGAAGUAUUAGAAAGCUUUAAGUUGGCCAGGGAGAGCUGGGAGUUGCUCUAUUCCUUAGAAUUUCUUGACAAAGAAUUUACAAGAAUUUGUUUGGCUUGGAAGACGGAUACUUGGCUGUGGUUAAGAAUCUUUCUCACCGAUAUGAUCAUCUAUCAGGGGCAAUAUAAAAAGGCCAUAGCCAGUCUGCACCACUUGGCUGCUCUCCAAGGAUCACUUUCUCAACCACAGACCCCAGGACAGGGGACCUGGGAGCAUCAGAGGGCGCUCAUCCAGCUGGCAACGUGUCACUUUGCCCUGGGGGAGUACAGGAUGACAUGUGAGAAGGUCCUGGACCUGAUGUGCUACAUGGUCUUACCCAUUCAGGAUGGAGGCAAAUCCCAGGAGGAACCCUCAAAAGUAAAGCCCAAGUUUAGAAAAGGUUCGGAUCUGAAGCUCCUGCCCUGUACCAGUAAAGCUAUUAUGCCGUACUGCCUGCAUUUGAUGUUAGCCUGCUUUAAGCUUAGAGCGUUCACGGACAACCGAGACGACAUGGCACUGGGGCAUGUGAUUGUACUGCUUCAGCAGGAGUGGCCGCGGGGAGAGAAUCUGUUCUUAAAAGCUGUCAAUAAGAUUUGCCAACAAGGAAAUUUCCAGUAUGAGAAUUUUUUCAAUUAUGUUACAAACAUCGAUAUGCUGGAGGAAUUUGCCUACUUGAGAACUCAGGAAGGUGGGAAGAUCCAUCUGGAAUUACUGCCCAAUCAAGGAAUGCUGAUCAAGCCUUCUAGCCCUCCCCUGGGGUUACUGCAGCAGGAAUUCUUACCUGUGCUUCAGCCCAGCAUACAGACUGCUGACAGGUACCACGUGGAAACACCUGCUCAUAGUGUGCUGUUUGUCCACAUGUUUUCCAGCCCAUGGUUUCAGCUCUUUGUUCCUCAGUGCCCUUUUUCAUGCUUUAUUUAUUUUUUUAAUUUGUUCCGCAUUCCUUGGCAAACCAUCUGGUUGUAAUAUUGUAACAUUUCGUAUUUUUUUUCCAUAAGUUGCCAGUGUGUUUGUGUUCAAUUUAAAAAUCAUUAUGGAUCUGGAAAAAAAUAUGAAAGUUUUAUAAAAUUGUAUUAGGUUAAGUGCACAUUCAAUUAAGUGCUAAACUAUGAUUCUCUUUUGAUAAAAAAUAAGGCUUUUGAUCAUAAAUACUUAGGAUGCUGAAAUUGACUUGAGAUUAAUUUUUGUAGAAGGACUUUAAUGUUAGGGACCAGUAUUGUGUUGGUCUAACUGGGCAUAAGCACAGUUUUCUCCAACCACUGGUACUCUUUCCAGACCUUGCCUUUCUGAAUUGUUUGAUGAGCUAAAACAAUGCCAUGCUGAUGAGCUAAUUUACCCUGUUUUUAAACUGAAAAGGUUAACUACAGUCCUGCGUUACUUACCCGCAAGGGUAUUUUCUGGAAACGCAUCAUUGGGUGAUUUCGUCACUGUGUGUGUGAACACUGUAGAGUGCACACACAAACCUAGUGGGUGUGGUAUGACCUGCUGCACACCCAGGCUGUAUGGGAACAACGUGGUCCCUCACUGAGUGAAGCAUUGUUAUGUGGCGCAUGACUGUAACUCUUGUCUUUACCCAAACAUACUAGAGGAAUAGAGGCUCUAAUGGAAAUAACAGUGAGUUGUGCUGCCCUUGGUAGAUGGAAACGAUACCAGCAGACCAUGAUGAGCAGGGUGUAACAGUCAUAUUUUCAGUCGUAUUAAGGGGACAGUUUGCCUGUUAGCUCACUGCCUGCAGAUGCCAGCGUCUUCUGCUUGGUGCAGGUUGGGGUUGCCCCCAGGAGCUGUAAGAGCAGUAUCUCAAGGCAGCACAGUGUGGUUUAUAACCACUCCCACAGGGACUCGGCGCCUGCACCUCACUGCCGCUGUGUCCUAGCUAUGGGUCUGAGAUGGCCCCAUGGAACUGUGCAUUUUCUCCAUGGCCCUGCUGUGUCACCACAUGGUUCUUGAAAACGUCCAUGGCCAUUGUAGAGUGUUUUGUAAUAGCUUCACCAGUCUAACAGAGCCUGAUAUUUUUUCUUCUGUUGUACUGCAAUCUUAUGACUCCUGUUUACUUUUAUAAUUAAUGUUUUAAAAUAAAUAUUUUAGUGAUUUCAAGAGGUUAUUUUGCCCAGUACAGAAAACUCACGUUGAGUUUUCCUUGCCUGAGGAAGUUAGGCAGCAGUAGGGGGCAGUGAAUGACGGUGGAUUUUGUUGGACUAAAUCCCCCAGGUCACGGAACUACCAUAGCAGCGGAAACUCCUUUCCUCCUCCUGAGCCCACUGAUUUUUGCUGGUUUUCCUUUCCUGUCUUCAUUUGGUUGUCUUCAGUUUUCUGGGGUUUUGCUUGUGAUUUCCUUUUGUAACACACACGUUUUGGGGCACAGUGAGACCCUGCAUUACUUGUGCUUCCACUGACCCUUCGACAGACACACGGGCCCCUCUGAGCACCUGGACAGAGUUUGUCUUCCUGGGACUUUCAGGCCGCUUAUUCCUCUCAGGAUCUUGUCCGUCUCCCAGCCCGUGCCCGCUUCUUGCCCCAGGUUGCCUGAGUCCCCUGCCUUUUUUAAGCAGAUGAGAGUCUGGGUGGGCCCAACUCUCCAGUGCCACCCUGUCCUGGUACCAUGGGGAAAGAGAUGCCCCGGGACGCUAGCGGCUGUGCAGAAGCCCUUCGGGAAGCCCCAGCUGUGGGAGCCUUGGCAGGAACUGGUGUUCUCUGAUCUCUUCCUCCCUGCUGCUGCUUCUCCGGUGUGCGGGCCUGGCUGGAUGCCAGCUCUCUGUGGCCAGUGGGGACAGCAGCCUUCCCAGCCAAGUCACAGCACUGUGCGCGAGCCAGCAGUAGGGAUGCGUAAGAUCAGAGCUUCAGGAAUUCAUCAGCAUUUCACUGAACGUAGGUGUUUCAAAUAAAUUGUAUUGGGUGGUAAUGAUGCCUUGCUGGUUUUAAGUCUUGCUGAGCAGGAAUGGGUAGGAGUGGUUGUUUGGUUGCAGCUUUUCUUUUUAAAUUUGGGUUACAGUUUUGACUUAUGUGUACUUAGAUAUGGUGCAGGCUUUAUUCCUACGUAAGCAGUGCUAGUCAGCGAUACUGCUGCUCAUCUCUGGUCUCUGUCUGUUUCCCUGUCGCUGA